CCUGCAGGUCUGAGAUUAGAAGCGCAGGGAGCAGGAUGUGGAUGUACAGAACUGCCUGUCUUCCACCUCUGGAGCUGCCAGUCUGUCCCCUUCUGCCAGGGCAAAUCUUCUCUGCUUAAGAGCACAGCUGCUCCACAGGCUGGCAGUUCAAUCGACAAUGAUCUCUAGUUUCAAGUGUGACAGCACCGACCUGCUCGAUCUCCAUUCAGCUGCAGGAAGUCUGAGGAGGCGGUGCAGGGUUUUAGUGAUGUUAUAGACUCUCCCACUGAAGGCUUUCCAUGUGUCCUCACUCCUGCUGUCCCCAACAAGACUGUGGACUUGUUUGAGAUGAUUGAAAAAAUGCAGGGGAGUCGUCUGGAUGAACAAAGGUGUUCCCUUCCAGCUCCUCUCAAGACAGAAGAGGAGUAUAUUCCUUAUCCCAGCAUCCAUGAGGUAUUACAGAAAGGGUGGCCAUAUCCUCUCAUUAUCCUACCCCAGUUUGGGGGUUACUGGAUUGAAGGGACCAGCCACAACCUCUCCAGCUUGAGUCCAACUCUGUCUGAUGUACCCUUUUCCUGGAGUGGUAAAGUGAAACUGGAAAGUGACCCUACAGCCAAGCUGUACCGCAAACAUUUUCUGGGAAAGGAGCACCAGAACUUUUACUCCAGUGACAUGUCCUUGGGCUACCUAGUACUUUCUGUGAAGUAUGAACAGAUUGAGAAACAGGAAAAUCUCCGCCUGUUGCUGAGGACUCGUACUGGCACCAAACAUGAUCUUAUUCCAAUUUCCUGUCUGAAUGAAUUUCCCAAUGCUGUUCAGAUGGCAAAGCUACUGUGUGAGGAUGUGAACGUUGAACGCUUCUUUCCUGUCCUCUAUCCCAAGGCUUCACAGCUUAUUGUUGCAUUUGAUGAACACGUCAUAAGCAAUAACUUCAAAUUUGGGGUCAUCUACCAAAAACCUGGACAGACAACUGAAGAAGAAGUCUUCAGUAACACAGUAGAGAGUCAGGGUUUCCUGGAGUUCCUGGAUUUCCUUGGUGACAAGAUUCAGCUGCAGGAUUUCCGUGGGUUCCGGGGAGGCUUGGAUGUUACCAGAGGUCAAACAGGCACCGAGUCAGUCUAUACAAAUUUCCGGGGGAAGGAGAUCAUGUUUCACGUGUCCACAAAGCUGCCCUUCACUGAGGGAGAUUCCCAGCAGCUUCAGCGGAAGCGUCACAUUGGGAAUGAUAUUGUAGCCAUCAUUUUCCAGGAUGAAAGCACACCUUUUGUCCCUGAUAUGAUUGCUUCUAAUUUCCUUCAUGCUUAUGUGGUAGUUCAGCUCACUCAUAGCACCACUGGGGACACUCUCUACAAGGUUUCAGUCACAGCCCGAGAUGAUGUCCCCUUCUUUGGACCGCCGCUGCCAAAUCCAGCCAUAUUUAAAAAGAGUGCAGAGUUUCGUGAAUUCCUUCUGGUCAAGCUCAUCAACGCCGAGUACAGCUGCUACCGAGCUGAGAAAUUUGCUAAAUUAGAGGAAAGAACACGGAGUGCCCUCUUGGAGAGCCUUUUUGAGGAGCUGCAGCUUCGCAGCCGCAGCAUGAUGGGGUUGCCUGUAGGGGAGGAUGACAAGAUAGAGAAUGGCAGUGGGGGCUUCCUCGAGAACUUCAAGCGGGUGAUCAGAGGCCGCAGCCAGAGCCUGGAUACCAUGGGGAUAUCCAUGAGAAAGCAGCAGCCAGCCACCCUGCCCAGCCGCCCAGCUACAGCUGGCCUUGCCCUCAGCCAGAGUGUCGCCGAGGGCCCUAAGGCCAUUGCUGCGUCUUUUGCCUUGCCUGGUAGGAGCCCAUCCCGUACUCGAGCCAGCCGCUUCCACGGGCGACGGAGUAGUGCCAUUGGCAUUGAAAACAUACAGGAGGAAAAGAGAGAUACCACAGAGAGAAUACAAAGGGUGUUGGACAGUCCAGGAACUUUCUUUGACCUGAAGUCUGAUGGAUCAUCUAGUCCCAGCUCUCCAGAGUUCCCCAGCAGGAAGAGCAAAAUGCUCAGGAGUCAGACUUCAGGAUACUGUGUGAUGCAGCCACUCUCACGUUCAUCAUCCAGUGUAAGCAGUUGUUGUAGUGGAUUGAGGGAAAAUGGAACAUCUGAGGAAGAGGAGAAUGACAGGGAGCUGACGUGCUCACUUAAGGGCCCUCCAAAACAGGAUUCAAUGGUUCAGAGUAUGUGGCUGGAUGACAGUGACUGCACACCCAGUACUUCUAGCACACCAGGAAGCAGGUUGCUUCCUUCCAGCAGUGUUGCUGGCUCCACUGGAAAAGGAAAAAGCAGCAAAGCAGAGGCUCAACACCAUAAUCCAGCCUCCAUUUUGUGCUGUGUGUGAUGUCAGCGCUGGAGCACUGUCUGCUGCACACACGGUGAGGAGCACAGACUACAUGCUUGGAAGUCCCUCACAGCCAUAUCCAAAUCACCUUUGGAUAGGCAGCAAUUAGGGCAUCCUUGAGGAAGCAAACCAGAGUCUACUUCAGUUACCAGCUGAACCUACAGUGGUGUUCACAACCAUCCUCCAAAGACAUUCCUGUAAAACCUGGAUUAGUUAAAAACCCCUGCAAGGUUUGGGGUUGGUGCCCACAAAUGCACGUGUAUGGUGGUUUCCUCAAACAUCAGUCACUGCAGGUGUACCAAAUAUUGUCCAGGAUGGGGACAGUUCCUUUUAAAAUACUUGAUUGACUCGCUAGGCUCUUCUUUAGGCUUGAAUUGUGUCCUUCCCAGCUGCCAUGAUGCAAAGUAAAAGGAAGCAUUAAUAUCUUAGCCUUCUUAUGUCUAUGUAGUACACUGGACUUAAAAUAAAAGGAAAUGUGGCCAGCUUC